CUCAAAAUUAUAAAUUACUAAUUUUACCAAGCGCUAAAUUCUUGUACAAAUCAGGCCCAAAAUUUUAGUACUUGUAAUUCUAAAAAUCCCCAAAAUUCAAAACCAUGUGGAAGAACCACCAACAAAAAGUGAACAAAUUAAUGAAAUACAACCACCCACCGUCAAACACUCACAGCCGAAACCUCCACCCACUCAGCCACCACGGGUCAAAAAGGGCCACCCAACUGCAAGUUCACAACAGGACCAGCACUUCUCCGCAUGACCAAGUGCCCUCCAUUUCCGGUCGCAUUUCAACCAGUCAAGCCUCCUCCAUCGCCAUUGGUCCUGGUCACGUCCAUGUCAACAUCCACCUGACUGACGAUGACUCCACCACAUUUCUUCCCCCUCCGUCCCCACUUCAAAAUAAGUCCGGCAAAAAUGUCGCCAUGGCCGAACGUAAGAAAACGGUGCCCUUGAUCGGAAAGAAGACGCGGACCGAAUUGAAAGCGGUGGAACAACGCAACCUGGCGAAAUCCAAUUUAUCCCGAAAGAUACACUUUCUCGCUCGAAAAACGCACUUUGAGCCCGACCAGAUCCGCGCCCUGUUGGAAAUCUUUCGCAAAAUUAGUGACGUCACGGGGACCAUGGAUCGGCUCAGAUUUCGUGAAACGCUUCACUCCACACUCGGUCUCACCAGCGAUUUGAUGCUCGACAGGAUAUUUGCCAGCUUUGAUGGCGACAAUGAAGGCAGUGUAUCUGACACAGAAUGGGUUCUCGGUCUCUCAGUCAUGCUCAAAGGCACGCUUGACGAACAAAUUUCCUAUGCUUACGAAGUUUACGACGUCAAUGCCGACCAAGCCAUCGGUCGCGAAGAGUUGACAUCCUGCCUACGCGGCUGUCUUCACAACGUACCCGGCGUCGACCUUGACUUCGACUUGGAGGAAGGUUCUCGAGAAAUGGUGGAGCUGGCGAUGCGAAAAUUGGACCUAGAUCGCGAUGGGUCAAUAAAAUUUGGUGAUUUUCGCCUCGCAGUGCAACACGACCCCCUUCUUUUGCAAGCCAUUGGAGAAUGCUUACCCACAGAUAAGGCCAUGAUGACCUUUCUCGCCUUAUUCGACACGGACACGAGGUCCUACUCGACCUACCUCUCGCACCCUUCCGAUCCCGCUUGGGAGCGAGAAAACAACAAAUUCGACCCCCACAGGGCUGAAGUCAUUCAGAAACAAAAGGCAAAAUUAGAAGCCAAGCACCACAAGUCGUCGGCAAAUGUUUUGCGGUCUAUUUUCAGAAAUUCAGAGUGAUCGAAUGUUACAACUGUGGGGAAAUAAUUUACAAAAUUUCGAACAACAAAAUUCUCAGUAUAAAAAAAAUCCAAUUAAAAUUUUCAUAAUUGAAAAAAAAAUAAUUCAAAAUGAA